AUGAAUACAACAACAGAAACAAUAGAAAUGAACAGAAUAGGUAGCUGUGAUACUUGUGAUCAUAGGCUUAGUCCCACUGAAGGAAGAACACACUCUGCAUACAUCAGACCAUUAUUUAUUACUAUAUAUGUAAUAAGUAUUGCAUCUGUUUUAUUUUUUACAAUUUAUUUUGUAUUUUUUAAAAAUAAAAAAAUAGAAAAAAGUGCAUUAAAUACUACACAAGGCAUCAUAAAUAAUACAAUUCUAUCUAUAAAAAACAAUGAUAUAGAAUAUAUAAGCAAUACCACAGAAAGUAACAUAAAUAAUACUACAAUAAGUAAUAUAUUCAAUAACACUACAGGAUAUAAUACACAUAGUACACUAAGUAAUAAUAUAACAACAGGAUAUAAUACACACAGUACACUAAGUAAUAUUACCACUGCAGAUAUACCACCAUCUAAUAGUAUAUCCGAUAUGAUCAUUAAUACUACAACAGACAUAUCAGAGACUACCACAGUAACAGACAUACCAGGCAUACCAGAAGGCAUAGACAUACCAGACGUGCCUGGCAUACCAGAAGGAACAAUCUUACCAGAGACUACCACAGUAACAGAAGGAACAACCUUACCAGAGGGUAUCAUAGGGACUAAUAUAACAGAGACUACCACAGUAACAGACAUACCAGAAGGCACAGUUAUAACAGAGACUACCACAGUGACUAAUAUAACAGAGAGUGUACAAGCACCAAAAGGAACAGAAAGUAUCACAGUAACAGAGACUAAUACAACAGAGACAGAGACAGUAACUAAUAUAACAGAGACAGAGACAGUAACUAAUAUAACAGAGACUGAGGUAGUGACAGAGAUAGUGACAGAGACAGUGACUGAGACUAAUAUAACAGUAACAGAGACUGAGGCAGUGACUAAUACAACAGAGACUGAGCCAGUGACUGAUCCGACUGAGACUACCACGGUGACUGAGCCUGUCACAGUGACUGAUCCGACUGAGCCAGUCACAGUAACAGCGACUGCUCCGACUGAAACAGUGACUAAUACAACAGUAACAGAAAGUACUCCGACUGAGACUACCACGGUUGCUGAGACUGAUAUAACAGAGACUGCUCCGACUGAGACUGAGACUGAGCCAGUGACUGAUCCGACUGAGACUACCACGGUCGCUGAGACUACAACAGUAACAGAGACUGCUCCGACUGAGACAGAAAGUACUCCUACUGAGACUACCACGGUUGCUGAGGCUGAUAUGACUGAGACUGAGACAGUCACAGUGACUGCUCCUACUAUUACUACUCCGACUGAGCCUGUCACAGUCACUGCUGGGACUGUCUCGUUAUCUUAUGCUGAUAAUAUUAUGACUAAUUCUACUGUAACAGAUAUAACUAAUAAAUUAUUAAUUAUGUCUAAGAAUAUAACAGGAGAAUAA